AUGGAUCCUCCACACAUCACCGAAUUCGCGUCCAAGCGCUACUUCGAGAAGAUAAACCAGCUUCCCAAGGACCACCAGCCAGCCCAACAGCACUAUAGUGACGGCACCGUCGUCGAAACGUCCUCGUCCAGGUUCAUUCUCCCAAUCCGAGGAGCCGAGCAAGGUUACGACCCGCAGGCAAGGCAUGUGGACCAUAUCAAACAGGAGAAGGAAAGAGAGAAGGAGAGGCGGAGUCUAUUUGGGUUUGGACGAUUACGAUCUUCGAAGCCAGCCGCCUCUGCGCCCGAAGUGCCGGCCCCAACGUUCAGACGCCAGUCGAUAGUGACCGAGGUUUCACCAAGCUCUGUAGCAGAUGGCGCUGCCACCCGGCCUAGGAGUCUACCCUUCGAACACCUCUUCCUGAAUCUGCCGACCGAGUUGCAGAUUCAAAUCAUCUCCUAUCUCCCCUUGUCAGAUAUCCUCAAUCUGCGCAGGGCAUCAAAGUCAUGGCACAGCAUGGUCACUCUGAAUGAGUAUCCCAUCGUCCGGCGCCAGCUCGAGCAUGAGAUACCUGCCUAUGCAAAGCGACUCUACCCCAUCUCGGGUCCCUCUGACUACAACCUCCACUAUCUGUGCGGCUUGUGGCAUCGGCUACAUGUUGCGGCUAAAUUAUCGGGGCUAAUGUGCGACUGGUGCACCAAGGAAAUCUUCUUGAAGACAACCAAGGACCAAAUAGCAUCCUUCGCGUCUCAAAGAGAAAGGAUGUACCGACGACUCAUACCAUUACUUUUUACCAUCUUCCACUUCUUUGAGAAUUACCGCAAACUACACCUACAAUACGUCCAGGAACACGGCCACGGUGUCGAACGGACUCCCUACACCCUUAACCCGAUCGAAGUCCAAAUCAUGAAUAUGUACGACGAUCGGACACUAUUACAAGUCCACCAGGUCUUCCCGCUUGUCGUGGCUUCCUUUUGUAGGCGCUUGCGGCCGCCAUCGUACGUCGGUCGUGUGGAACGGACAGUAAGGGGUUAUCUUAGGGAGAAACCAGCCGACGAAGUUCACACGGCGGUGCUAUGUCUGGGCGGCCUGAGGCAGGUGUUGAGGCUAUGGGAAGUCCGCGGCUACAACACGCGGAGAGGAGCUGUGGACACGUGGUACAGCGCCAUCCAGGACGCCAAAGAGCCACCGAGGAGCCCCGAGGUCAGCAAAGAGACGAAAUCAAGGCGCGGGAUAAUGGGCUUGGGACGGAGGAAGUCCACCUGGCAGGUACGAGAUGCCGCGAGGUCGCAGGCCGACGACGUUCCGGAACUGCCCAACCGCGGAUCGCUGGACCACGCGGGGACAAGGAGAUCGACGGCGACGCAGCCGAGCCUUGUCUUCCACACAAGUCUUGCGGCAGGGAUGCCGAUGGACUGGCUCGAGCAGGAUCAGUACAGGCUGCUCCUUCCAGACCUACCCGUGCUACAGAAACUGUGGCUGUCGACCGCCGAGGCCAUGAUUCUGGACCGUAAGAUCGUCGAGAGAUCUGUGGACAUCAAGCGCAACGCCCAGGUGAUGCUGGACCUGAUCAAGGAAGACGGCGGCGAGGGCGAGGACUUCUGGUGGUAUGAGAAUAUUCAGCCGCCCAAGGAGGCCAUUGAGGAAGACACUCUCGAAUGA